AUGACCCCUACACAUCCCUAUUACCCCCGCGGGGUUGAAAUCGCCAACUACAUCCCGAACGACCAUGGCACCCUCGUUCUGGUCCUGAUCUUUGCAGCCGGCUGUGCAGCAAUCCUUCUACCAACGUACCUCCUCAUCACCAACUCCCGGCCUCAAAUCUCCACGGGGGACCUCCGCACCGCACUCUGGUUCACAUUAUGCGGUUGCAUCCAUCUCUUUUUCGAGGGCUACUACGCCUGGAACUUCCACCACAUGGGCAGCCGCAUGUCGCUAUUCGGCCAACUUUGGAAAGAAUACGCCCUUUCUGACUCGCGGUACCUGGUUCCGGAUUCCUUCAUGUUCAGCAUGGAAUCCAUCACGGCGCUAUUCUGGGGUCCGCUUUCCUUCUGGCUGGUUUCCUUGAUCGUUCAAGACAACGAGGCGCUGCGGUACCCGGUGCAAAUCAUUGUGUCCCUGGGCCAGUUAUACGGGGACGUGCUUUACUAUGGCACUGCGGGAUUCGCGAUGGUCUUCCAGUCAACGGAGUAUUCAAGACCAGAACGGUGGUGUUUCUGGGGGUAUUUUGUGUUUUUGAAUGCAUUUUGGGUUGUUAUUCCCCUGGCACUGGUGCUUAGCGGUGUUUCGGCUUGUAAGAAGGCGUUUCUUGAUGCGCGGGCAAAUGGGGCUAAAAAGAAUAUCUAG